GGUGGUUGUUGUUUUGGUGGAAACGUCUGUUCAAGUCCUUGGCCCAUUUUUAAAAUUGGGUUGUUCUUGUUGAGUUGUAGGAAUUCCUUAUAUAUUCUGGAUAUUAAGUUCAUAUCAGAUCCAUGAUAUAUAAAUACUGUCUCCCAUUUCCAUUGGAGACAUUUUUAUUCUGUUUUUUAUUCUCCCAUUUCCAUGGAAGACAUUUUUAUUCUGUUGAUGGUAUCUUUUGAUGUAUAGCAGUUUUUCAUUUUAAUGACGUCCACUUUAUUUUUCUUUUGCUGCUUAUACUUUUGGUGCCAUGUCCAAGAAAUUGUUGCCAAAUCCAAUGUCAUGAAGCUUUUCCCCUAUGGUUUUUUCUAACAAUUUUAUAGUUUAAUCUCUUGUGUUUAGGUCUUUAACCCAUUUUGAGUUAAUAUUAUGUAUGGUGUUAGGUAAGGGUCCACUUUCAUCCUUUCACAUGUUGGUAUCCGGUUUAUCAGCACCAUUUGUUGAGAGGACUGUUCUUUCUCCAGUGAAUGGUCUUGGCACUCUCAUGUACAUAUAUAAAAAAUUUUAAUUCAGAAGCAUUUGGCAUUGAUGGGUGUCUGUGUUGGUGUAGAAGUGACUCCACAUGAUUGGAUUCAGUGUCCUUGCAUUCGCUAGUAGGUUAAAAUGCAAAUCUUCGUGAAGACCUUGACUGUCAAGACCAUCGCCCUGGAGAUGGAGCCUAGUUACACCACCAAAAAUGUGAAGGCCAAGAUCCAGGAUAGAGAGGGCAUUACUGUGUGCCACACACAACAGAAAAGGCUCACCUUUGCAGGCAAGCAACUGGAAGAUGGCUGCCACACACUUUCUGAUUUCAAUAUCCGGGAAGGGUCAACCUUGCACCGGGUCCUGCAUCUGAGGGGUGGUAUGCAGAUCUUUGUGAAGACCCUGAUCAGCAAGACUAUCUCUCUGGAGGUGGAACCCAGUAACACCAUCAGGAAUGUGAAGGCUAAGAUCCAAGAUAAAGAAGGCAUCCCCCCUGACCAGCAGAGGCUCAUCUUUGUAGGCAAGCAGCUGGAAGAUGGCAUCAGUCUUUCUGAUUACAUUAUCCAGAAAGGGUCAACUCUGCACCUGGUUCUCCAUCUGAGGGGUGGCUGUUAAUUCUUAAGUCUUUAAUUCACAGUGCCCAAUGAUGGCAUUACUUUGCACUCCAGCCAUUUAUCCCAAUUUAAGCGUAGAAGUUACUAGUUUCAGUAAUAGCUGAAUCACUGGUUUUUUUCAGUAGCUGUUCAAAGUGUUAAUAAAGAUUUUGUUGCAUGGUUAAAGCACACACACACACAUUGAAAACCAUAACACAUUCAAGACAGUUUUGAAAGAAAAAAAUUCCUAGUUUAAAAAAUUUUUGAAUAAAUUUAAUUGAAGCAUAUCCUAAGACUACAGAAGUGGCUACCAAAACAGAACAAAAGCUACGACCUACUUGGAACUGCUUAUAUAGGUGAAAUCAAAACAAAACUUCAUAGUAAUAAAUGGAUUGCUUAGAUUGUUAAAGACUGUAACUGACAUACUUAAUCCUUAAUUUGUCUCUUUGAGUUGGUAAUACAUUAAUAUAUUUGAACAUAAAAUAGUAUUAGCAGCACUUUUUUCAGUUUUACGUAUUUGAGAUGUGGUAUAAAGAUUUCAUCUGGGGGAUGCCUGGCUGGCUCAGUCGGUUAAACGUCUCCUUUCAGCUCAGGUCAUGAUCUCAGGGUCCUGGGAUCGAGUCCCACAUCAGGCUUCUUGCUCAGCAGGGAGCCUGCUUCUCCCUCUGCCUGCAGCUCCCCCUGCUUGUGCGCUUUCUCUCUUUUUCUCUGACAAAUAAAAUCUUUAAAAAAAAAAAAAAAGAUUUCAUCUGGGAAAGUUUUCUCGGGAAAUAUUAGAAAACCCCCAGAUUAAACCUCUAAAGCUUCAUCCCAUGCUCUUACUGCUGUUACUUUAAGAUACAAUUUACCACAUUAGGGCAGAUGUCUUAAAAUAAAUGAUUCUUGAUUUACAAAUUGGCUUUUGAAACAGUAUAUAUUUUGCUAUUAAUAAAAUAUUAAUAAAUAUUUAUAAUUAUUAAAACAUUGUUUCUCUGCUUUAGACAGAGCUAGAUGUAAUGGAGAAGUCAAACAGCUAGGUAUUCUCCCCUCCAAAACAGAAUGCCAGUUUAAGUGUGGGAUAGAAGGAAUCAGUAGAGAAUGUAGUCAGGGGAGCAGAAUCCAAGAAAAAGCACAAGGUAUUGGGAUUUCAAAACAAGUGAAGAGAUUAGGUUUGGAAAAGAAGGGACAAGUAAGCCAUCCCUUUACAUGAGAAGAAAAGCCAGGUUGGGAGGUUCAUAAUUGAUGUCUUAUCAUUAUGUGACACUUAAAAUUUAAGCUGCCUAGUGAAGAAUGGUGAAUCUGGAGAAAGUUAGAACUGUAAACAUAUUAAGUAUGCUCAAAUAUUGUAGAACGGCAAUAAAUACUUACGAAUUAGAAAAGCACCUUUAAAAGGAUCUUACUAAGUUUGAUAUGUGAAGAAAAGGGUUAGCUUAGUCAGGACAGCAAAACAACUAAUAAUGUGACUUGAAAAUACAGUAUAUUCUUUAUGUAUCCCAACUUGUACAUGCCUCUAUCCAUGGUUCUCAGUCAUGCUUUGUUCUCCCUAAUUUUUCCAGUCAGAAUCCCCCUUACCCUUUGAGAGCCAGCUUUAUAUACCUCCUUUGUGAAGUUGUUAGACACCAAGCAAAAUUACUUUCUUCUUCAUUUCUCUAGACUUUACUUGAUUUGCCUUGUGUUGUAGAUAAUUGUGUACUGUCUUAAAUCUCCCUGAAUUUUGAAGUAUUGGACCUUUCUUCAUUUGAAAUACCUCUU